AUGGAGUCCGUUGAACAACCAGUCAACUCCUGCUGUCCUGAGCAUUCAGAGCAAAAAAAUGAGAACGAGGAUCCCAAGCCACGCACACUCCAUCACUACAAAACCAUCUCAGAUGUGGUCAUUUACCACGAACAUGUCGGUAGAGGUGGAACAUGUGAAGUUCGCCAUGGAAACAUUGUCAUCAAUGGGAACGAGGUCAAAGUGGCCGUCAAGCUUCAAAAUCUCAGCAGUAAACCUGCUAGUUUCUAUAACGAAGCCGCGUUCUACACACAAGCGAAGAAUUGGAAUGAUAUCGGCUUCCCAAAGAUGAUCAAGUGCGGGAAAGAUGCACAUCAUCGGUUCAUCGCUGUGGAGCUCCUUGGACAAUCAUUGAGAAAGUAUCAUCUGAAGAGUGGGAAGCAGUUCAAUCUUCGAACUAUCUUGUUGCUCGCUGAUCAGAUGAUCACUCUGAUCGAAAAGCUUCACAAUCACGGAUACAUCCAUCGGGACCUGAAACCGGAUAAUUUCGUGAUGGGACCAGAAGGCGAAAACUCUGGUCUAGUCUAUCUCAUUGACUUCGGUCACGUGGAAAAAUACAUCGAUGCAGAGGGAUUCCACAAAAGAGAGGAAUGCAUUCACGCCAUCACGGGAACACCUAACUUUAUGAGCAUCAGUGCUCACAUGGGAUAUCAGCAAUCCCGCAAAGACGACAUGAUGGUUCUGCUCUUAAUCUUCACUCACUUCUUCGUUGGAUCCUUCCCGUGGGAACAUAAAAAGUACCCAGACCAGGCAACUCGGCUCCGUGAAAUUGGGAUCGAGAAGCAAACAAGCCUCGGCGGACUGAUCAAAAAGAUGCCGGCGGAAUUCCAGGCGGUGUACAAUGCUGUCGAGAAGUUGGACUUUCAGGAAACCCCGGACUAUGAAAAGUAUCGUCGUAUCCUCCGCGGGCUCGCCGCCAAGAACAACUACACGUACGAUUUCAAGUAUCAAUGGGACAAGGAGUAUUUCUUCUAG